AAACCGCCGCUCCCCUCGCCUGCGCUCCUCUCCGUUCUCCCUCGCUCUCGUACUACCUAAUCCUCCGCUGAAGGUGGGUGAGCGGAACGGAAAAGAACCGGUCUUGGGCGCGUCCGGCGUAGGCGGAGAUGGUGGUGGCGGCGGCGAUCCUGCCGGAGCUGGCCACGCAGCUGGUGGUGCCGGUGGCGGCGGCGGUCGGCAUCGCGUUCGCGGUGCUGCAGUGGGUGCUGGUGUCCAAGGUCAAGGUCGCCCCCGAGCCGCGCGGCGAGGGCGGGUCGGCGGCCGGAGGAGGAGCCGGCGCGGGGGCCAAGGACGGCGCCAGCGAGUACCUCAUCGAGGAGGAGGAGGGCCUCAACGACCACAACGUCGUCCUCAAGUGCGCCGAGAUCCAGACCGCCAUCUCCGAAGGGGCAACCUCCUUCCUUUUCACUGAAUACAAGUAUGCCGGAGGAUUCAUGACCGUUUUCGCGGUCCUGAUCUUCGUCUUCCUUGGCUCCAUCGAGGGGUUCAGCACAAAGAGCCAGCCUUGCCAUUACAGCGUGGGCAAGACAUGCAAGCCUGCUCUUGCUAAUGCCGCCUUCAGCACAAUAGCCUUUGUGCUGGGUGCAGUCACCUCUCUUGUGUCUGGUUUCCUUGGAAUGAAGAUCGCGACUUACGCGAAUGCCAGGACAACUCUGGAGGCAAGGAAGGGUGUUGGGAAGGCGUUUAUCGUUGCUUUCCGCUCUGGUGCUGUGAUGGGCUUCCUUCUUGCUGCGAGUGGCCUUUUUGUUCUUUACGUUGCAAUCAACUUGUUUGGGCUUUAUUAUGGUGAUGACUGGGAGGGCCUUUUCGAGGCUAUCACCGGUUAUGGUCUUGGCGGUUCUUCCAUGGCUCUUUUCGGCCGUGUAGGCGGUGGGAUUUACACCAAAGCUGCUGAUGUUGGUGCUGAUCUUGUUGGGAAAGUAGAAAGGAACAUCCCUGAAGAUGACCCGAGGAACCCGGCUGUCAUUGCAGACAAUGUUGGUGACAAUGUUGGAGAUAUUGCUGGAAUGGGUUCAGAUCUCUUUGGUUCCUACGCCGAGUCAUCUUGUGCUGCUCUUGUUGUUGCCUCAAUCUCUUCCUUCGGAAUCAACCGUGAAUUCACUCCCAUGAUGUACCCACUCCUAAUUAGCUCAGUGGGCAUAAUAGCCUGUUUGAUAACAACUCUUUUUGCAACCGAUUUCUUUGAGGUGAAGGAGGUAGAUCAAAUAGAGCCUGCCCUUAAAAAACAGCUUAUAAUCUCCACUGCUGUGAUGACCGUUGGCAUUGCACUGGUCAGCUGGUUAGGCCUCCCGUAUACCUUCACAAUAUUCAACUUUGGUGCCCAGAAGACGGUGCAUAGCUGGCAACUAUUUUUGUGUGUGGCGGUUGGUCUCUGGGCUGGCCUAGUCAUUGGAUUCAUUACAGAGUACUACACAAGCAAUGCAUACAGUCCUGUGCAGGAUGUUGCUGAUUCCUGCAGAACUGGAGCUGCAACCAAUGUCAUCUUUGGUCUUGCUCUGGGAUACAAAUCAGUUAUUAUCCCUAUCUUCGCCAUUGCCUUCAGUAUUUUCCUCAGCUUCAGUCUUGCUGCGAUGUAUGGUGUUGCUGUGGCUGCUCUUGGAAUGCUUAGCACAAUUGCGACAGGUCUUGCCAUUGAUGCCUAUGGCCCUAUCAGUGACAAUGCUGGAGGCAUUGCUGAAAUGGCUGGCAUGAGCCAUAGAAUUCGUGAAAGAACUGAUGCUCUGGAUGCUGCAGGAAACACAACUGCUGCCAUUGGAAAGGGUUUUGCAAUUGGCUCGGCUGCCUUGGUGUCCCUUGCUCUCUUCGGUGCCUUUGUGAGCCGCGCCGGGAUCACAACUGUUGAUGUUCUGACACCAAACGUUUUCAUUGGACUCCUUGUUGGUGCUAUGCUCCCGUACUGGUUCUCCGCAAUGACGAUGAAGAGCGUUGGAAGUGCGGCUCUCAAGAUGGUGGAGGAAGUGCGGAGGCAGUUCAACACCAUCCCUGGGCUCAUGGAGGGCACCGCCAAGCCUGACUAUGCGACAUGCGUGAAGAUCUCCACUGAUGCGUCCAUCAAGGAGAUGAUCCCCCCGGGUGCUCUUGUCAUGCUCACACCUCUUAUAGUCGGGACCUUCUUCGGUGUUGAGACCCUCUCUGGUGUCCUUGCCGGUGCUCUGGUUUCUGGUGUUCAGAUUGCCAUUUCAGCAUCGAACACCGGUGGUGCCUGGGACAACGCGAAGAAGUACAUUGAGGCCGGUGCAUCUGAGCACGCAAAGAGCCUGGGCCCUAAAGGCUCAGACUGCCACAAGGCUGCUGUGAUCGGCGACACCAUCGGGGACCCUCUCAAGGACACCUCGGGCCCCUCGCUCAACAUCCUCAUCAAGCUCAUGGCGGUCGAGUCCCUCGUGUUCGCCCCCUUCUUCGCCACCUAUGGAGGCAUCCUCUUCAAGUAUCUUUAGAGCAUGAAGAUCGACUAUCUAGUUUUGCCGGUGGGGAGCGUGCUACUUCAUCUACAUGUUAUGGAGCUCCUUCAGAUGAUGGCCCUCUUGUGUUUUACAUUUCGUUGUUGCUGGUCUUGCGCAAUCAUGUUGGAACUUGUCUAGUUUUCAUUCUGGUAGCUGUAGUAGUGGUAGCAGAGGGUAGCGAAAUGAACGGCCAUUCGACAGGUUUGGACUAGAGUGUCUUGGGAGUUAUAUUUUGCUUGUAGAUGAUGAUGACGACGACGAUGAAUCUUGUAUGCACAUUGCAGAUUUCAUGUCUUGAAUUUCCAAUGGGAGCUACUCAUUCCGUA